UAUUCCACUGAACUGAAGAAACUGUACUGCCAAAUUGCAAAGACAUGUCCCAUCCAGAUCAAGGUGAUGACCCCACCUCCGCAGGGCGCUGUCAUCCGUGCCAUGCCUGUCUACAAGAAAGCUGAACAUGUCACUGAGGUGGUGAAACGAUGCCCCAACCACGAGCUGAGCCGUGAAUUCAAUGAGGGACAGAUUGCCCCUCCUAGUCAUUUGAUUCGAGUAGAAGGGAACAGCCAUGCCCAGUAUGUAGAAGACCCCAUCACAGGAAGACAGAGUGUGUUGGUACCUUAUGAGCCACCCCAGGUUGGCACUGAAUUCACGACAGUCCUGUACAAUUUCAUGUGUAACAGCAGUUGUGUUGGAGGGAUGAACCGCCGUCCAAUUUUAAUCAUUGUUACUCUGGAAACCAGAGACGGGCAAGUCCUGGGCCGACGCUGCUUUGAGGCCCGGAUCUGCGCCUGCCCAGGGAGAGACCGGAAGGCGGAUGAAGACAGCAUCAGGAAGCAGCAGGUGACGGACAGCGCAAAGAACGGUGACGGUACGAAGCGCCCUUUUCGUCAGAACACGCAUGGCAUCCAGAUGACAUCCAUUAAGAAACGGAGGUCCCCAGAUGACGAGCUGUUAUACUUACCAGUGAGGGGCCGCGAGACCUAUGAAAUGCUGCUGAAGAUCAAGGAGUCCCUGGAGCUCAUGCAGUACCUGCCUCAGCACACGAUCGAGACUUACAGGCAGCAGCAGCAGCAGCAGCACCAGCAUUUACUUCAGAAACAGUGA